AUGGCAGACAAUGCGGAUAGUCAAUACAACAACAGCAAUCGUGCUUUCUUACAAGCUUUCAUAGCUCGUUCGACCCUUACCUUUGACGAAGCCAAACCAUUAUUAGCGGCCAUUUUCACAGCCCACGAGAAACGAGAGACUUUCCCCGAAGAUGUCACCCAAGCCGACUUCAAUUCCUACAUCUCCGCCGCCAACAAUGCCAUCUCCCCCUUCGACCUUGAGAUCCGCAGCACCUAUCACCAAACCACCCGAUCUCGCAUCUACGCUCUCGUAAAUUCAACCAGUGAUCCCAUCACUCAACUAGCGACCAUACAUACACCCGACGAAAUCAGCUUCCUAAAACGGGUCCUCGACGCAAUGUUCGAGACGUACAACACGCCACGUCAUGAAGUCAUGGCUAUCACAUCCAUGCAAGCGAUCAAGUUGCAUAAAACUCUCACAGAAGAUGGACCACAGACGCAGAAUGGAUCUGCAACCCAAGGAAGUGCAGGACAGAGCCUUACGAUGGGCCAGGCGGAGAAGAUGAUGAAGACCUUGGUUGAGGAGGGAUGGCUCGAGAAGAGUAUCAAAGGCUUCUACAGUCUCAGUCCGAGAGCAUUGAUGGAAUUGAGAGGGUGGCUUUGGGAGACAUAUAAUGAUCUUGAUGAAGAUGAGGGGGACGAGGAACGGGCGUCGAAGAAGAUCAAGCAGUGUUUCGCGUGCAAGGAGAUCAUCACGACGAACUUUUUCCGAACUCAGAGCUCAAAGAAGUGCCCUCUAUGCCGAACAGACUGGACGGGUAGUGACUUCGUUGGUGAGAGAGCGGCUAUGUCGACGCAGCACAAGCCUGCGAAGAGGAGGAGCGGUAGCGGAGCCGUGGCCAGAAGGGCAUCGCCUGUGGCUCUGGAGGAGGAUGAGGAAGUGGAUGAGGCCGAAGAACAGGAAGACGACUAA